AUGGCUUCGCAGGAUAAAGGUAGGCCAUUGCCUAAAUUUGGUGAGUGGGAUGUGAACAAUCCUGCCUCAGCGGAAGGUUUUACCGUCAUUUUCAAUAAGGCUAGAGACGAGAAGAAGACCAAUACUGCCGUCCACAAUGCUACCCCGCGUAAGCCCGAUCCUGCCUUCCAAGACGACGAGUUUCCUCAAAAGAGUAAGUGGUUUUGUUGCGGUUGA